UUCCGUUGCUGUGGUGAUGACACUUGAGCAGAGAGGGGCUAACGGCUUCAGGCUUUUGUUUUGCUAACGAUAAUAUAGCGUGUCUGCGGCUUUCUCACGUGUUCUUAAGGUAGAGGAACGGCAGCACUGUGUUUUUGUCACCCUUACUUAAUGCACGACGUGAUAAGACGCGUGGUUUUAAUAUUUAUCUAAUUUAUUCCGCGUCGUUACCCAGUUUAGCUAACCGGCGGUUUUCGGACUCGGUUUCCCAGCAUGCUCUGCUUUAUUUGGUCUCGUCGCUGAGCUAUGAGAGAGAGAGAGAGAGAGAGAGAGAGAGAGAAAGAGCGAAGGAGAGGAGAGGAGAAAUCCCUCCAGACACGACGGCCAGCAUGUCAGAAUGAAAAUACCCAUCCUGUCACGCCGCCUCCGCUCCUGGAAACAUAUCUUUAAGGCCUGAUUUUUGCAGCUUUGCUGGCUUCACGCAAGUGAGAGUGUGUGUGUGGUGUGUGUAUGAGUGUGUGUCAUUCAUCAUGGCCUCAGAGAAUGUGACCUUGGAGAAUCAGCUCCACAGUGCCCAGAAGAACCUGCUGUUUCUGCAGCAAGACCAUGCUACCACACUGAAAGGCCUUCAUGCUGAGAUACGCCGCCUACAGCAACACUGUACAGACCUGACAUACGAGCUGACAGUCAGGAGCUCAGAUCCAAACGACAGUGGUGAGGCACGGUGCAGGGAGCUGCAGCAGCGCUGUGAGGAGCUGGAGGCUCAGCUGAAAGCCAAAGAGCAGGAGAACGCAGAGCUGCUACGUGAUCUGGAGCAGAAGAAUGCCAUGAUCUCUGUGCUGGAGAACACCAUCCGCGAGCGUGAGAAGAAGUACCUGGAUGAGCUGAAGCUGAAGAGCCACCGUCUAGCAGUGCUGUCUGGCGAGCUAGAGCAGAGAGCCAGCACCAUCGCCUACCUCACCUCGCAGCUCCACGCCACUAAAAAGAGGCUGCUGGCUGGCAGCUCAAGCCCUGCGGUCAGCCCUAUUGGCUCCUUUAAACCUGCCCCACCCCCUGAUCCACCUGCUAAUGCCUCAGAUGCCCGGCAACCGGACACUCCACGCAGACGCAUGCGCAAAAGCUUGUCUCAGCCUCUGCACUCCGAAUACACUGAGCUUUACCGGCUCGGGACGUCCGAGGGGCGCAGGGUCGUCCUGAGAGACACGGUGGACGCCAUGCCAGACCCCACUCCCUUUCUGCAGGCCCGAGAGACCCCUGCUAAUUCAUUAGCUGAAGCACAGCCGCUGCUACGAGAACGCCCUCCAGUAAUCCCGCCUAUCACAUCCCAAACCACUCCCUCUGCCCCAUCAAGCCCCGCCCACCUCCCAGCAUCCCCAAGCCCCAGGGGCAGCCCUGCGCGGGACGGGCGGAACCGAAGCCCCGUCCAUAUAGGCGUGGCCCACAGGAUCAACCGCUCACCCAGUGCUGGGGGGGGGGCAGCCCGGGCUCAUCCUGAGGUGGAGACGCUCGCAGUGGAUCAGGUCAGCGCUGAGAAGGUGGUCCGCAAACGAUCGGGAACCGAUAGGACUGUUUAAGACUGAGAUGCACACACAGACACACACACAAACACACACACAGGCACAUAUAGUACACUAUCAAAUGUACAGCCAAGAAUACGUCUAUAUCUCAAACCAUCACAAUAUGGGCAGACCUGUCUUAAAGCAAUGGUCAUACAUCUAACAGACAUCCCCUUUAACAGACUAAACAUGUUUGGUGUCUGAAGGUUGAUACUAUAGUUUUCUAUUGGAGCUUUGGGGUUAAUGUAAAGUAUCGAUAAUAUCUUGUUUAUAUCAGCGUCAGAAAGACGCAUGGAAAUUUACUUGUGCUCUAAAAUAAUAGCAUUUAAUUUAUUUUAUUUAUUUUGCACAUUAGUAACCAUUUUGUUCUCUGUAAGGUGGAUCCAAAUCUGGAAAAAGCAGCUCUGGAAAAAAAUUUGAGACCUUCAGUUUAUAAAUCAGUUUCUCUGAUUUUGCUAUUUAUAAGUAUAUGUUUGAGUAAAAUGAACAUUUUAGUUUUAUUAUAUAAACUACAGACACAUUUUCUCCCAAAUUCCAAAUAAAAACAUUGUCAUUUAGAGCAUUUAUUUGCUAAAAAUACAUUUAAUAAAUUUCCACGAUUAUUUCCACCCACUGUGCUGGUGGUAAUGCCUUCUAUGCAUAUUAACGAUACAACCAUGACUUUGUGGAUCAAGAAAUCUCAAAUGCACAAAUUGCACAACUAUACUCAUCAAUCAGGCUUCUCUCGAACUUGCGUUACCUUGCCAUGAGCUAGCACAGAGGCCAGUGUCCAGUCUCACUCACUAGAUAACACCUCAAACAUAUACAGUUGUUGAGGGUACGUUGAAGUAACACUUUGUGAAGAAAUUACUUGAUGAUGUGUCACACUGCUGUUUGGCAUGUUACUGUAUAAUAUACUGUAUUUUUCGCACUAUAAGGCACACUUAAUAUCCUUUAAUAUUCUCAAAAAUUUUACCAGUCAGGUUGUAAGGAGCAGUAAAGCUACUCCACUGACAUACAGCUUUAUAAAAGAGUUUCAGUUUAGUUUUCCAGCAGUAUUAGAUGCUAACCGUGCAAAGCUCUAGCUCUUUGGCUGUCCAGAGGUGAGUAUUAUCGGCCUGUACUCUGCUGCUAACCCCGGAUAGCACUGCUGGAGCAGUAUUAGCAUUAGCUGCUAACCACAGCACUAGCUAUUUUGCUGUUUAGAGGCGAGUAUAUCAACUGUAGUCUGCGUGUUGACCGUGUUAAAACAAGCUACUUAGGACAAACUGCUAGCUAAUAUUGCCCUGACUUACUGGAACACUCAGGGUUCCUCAGUUUAGCGGUAUCGGGUGACAUUAGCCUCUAAUUGCUAGCUAGUGCUUCAGCUUUAGUGGAAACCUGUAAAUCUAUGCUUACUGUAAAUGAACGGAAGCACAUUACUCACCCAAAUAAACAGUUUUCAGGAGAGAACAUGCAGCGCUCGUUUGACUUGUCUGACUCAUCUUAAAUGUUUUUUUUUUUAGAAACACAGUUUUGUUUACUUAGCUUAGCUUUUAAAGGAAAACAUGACGACACCUCUUUUUCUACUUUUAGUUACUAGUGUCCUAAAAAAUGCACUUUAUAAUCCAGUGCGCCUUAUGUAUGCAAACAGACCAGAAAAUAGACACUUAUUGAUAGUGCGCCUUGUAAUCAGAUGUGCCUUAUAGUGUGAAAAAUAUGGUACAUAAAGAAUAUUCACAUACUAUGCAGGAGACCUCAACAUAUAUUUACUUUUAAUGCUUUUUUAAAAUAUCUGCAAAAUGUAUUGUCUAAGAUGUAAUCAAAGUUAUUCAAAAUUUGAAACUGUGGUUCAUGGUAAAGACUCUCUUUAUUGUAGUGGUGAGUUAACACAAUUUUUUUUAUUACAUAUCUAAACCCACCAGUGAACCCAUGUGUGUCUUCCAAAUUUUAUAUGGAAAGUUAUUGGUGGUAUUAUAGUGUCUAAAAAGUCUCUUAAAAAUUUUUGUUUUUAUAUGGAUGACUUUUGGACUACUAUGCCACACAACACCCUGCAUCUAUCCCUCCAUAAUAAAUGUAUUUUUUAUUUGUUUAAAAUACAUUCCAGGCAACAAUCUUCACAAAACAAAUAGAAUGUGGAGUGUAUGGGAUUAGGCAGUGUAUACAUAGUCAUUUUAUUUAAUACCAUUUUGUGAGUGAGCUUUUAGAGGGAAUCUAACACAAGCUUCAGUUCACCACCAUUGUAAAAACAAAAAUGUAAUAUCAAGCCCACUUUAAAUAACUUUAAGAUUUUUGCAACUUAACAAAUUUAUUACUCAGAGUUUUUAUUUAGUGAAACUGACAAAAAAAUACAUAUAAGUAAUAUUAUAUCAAGAGUAUACUGUCGCUAUUAAUGCAAGAACCUUGCGUCUCCAAAUUUUACAGGAGAAGAAAACCCUUCUUGAGUUUAAAUGGAAACAUGCCUGGUUCAUUCAUCAUCAAAUUCUUACAUAGUGUAAAGAAUAACAAAAAAUGAAAAUUGGCAGGUUUUGUCUGGUUUUUGUGGGACAGUGAUUAAACAUUCAUCUUAUUUAACUGAAAUACAGACAUAAUGCACUUUAUUUAUCACUUCUAAUAUCCACAGCAUUGACAUUCCAUACUUUGGUCCAUGUUAUAGAUAUCUGUGAGUCAUACAUUCUUGAGCGAUGCCAUAGAAAAAACACUUUUGCUUCCAUUAAGAACCAUAUUUGUCGUAAAUGUUUUAAAUCUUAGACCUUUAAAAGCUUCUUCAUAUCCACACCCACACAGAUCUCUAUUCCAAACAUGCUUUUUAUUGAAUCAAAAGUGGUUAGUCUAUGUGAUGAUAUAUCUCUCAAAAAAUGAGCUGAAGCAACUUUUAUGAGUUUUAGGAGUGCUGUAUAAAAAACCACAUCUAUAGAGCAAAUCUAUUAGAGUUUACUAAACAUCUCCACACUUUAGGUAAGCCAUCUUUAUGGUAGCUGUACUUUAGUAGUUAGCUUCAUUCGCCUCACAGCUCCAGUACAAAGCUAAAGAAGCUAAACUUCUGACACUAAGCAUGGUUUGACUGAGGACCACAUUAGGUGUAUUAAGGGAUAUAUGAUGUAGUAAAUGUUGGGGAAAAUGCAUAUUUAUACAUCCAGGAAGCACUCUAUAGUCUCUCUCAUACACAAACACAAACAUAUCUCUCACUACAGUAUGGUUAGAAUGAUCAAACUGGAACACUAAUGUAGCUCGCUGUUAAACACACUGGAUGUCACACACUGGAACUUUAACUAAUACUACUGGUUAGAGUAAAGUGGGAAUACGGAAAGAUGAUAACGGAUGCCUGCUGCUAGCAAACCUAAUCGGAGAACAAGUGGACGAAAGUGGUGGAAAGCAUCACCUACUGUAUAGCCUCCUGCUUUUUAUGUAACACUGAGACACGUCCGAACAAACAUCUGAACAAACCAAGAACAGUCUGUCAUCUUCAACAUGUCCUUUAUUUGUGUGUUAAAUGUUGGAAAGGACUGCCCGCAUGCCAAACGUUUUACUUUUCAUCACCCCAUCACUCUCUUAUCAUUUACACCUCUCUGAUUUCCCGUCCUCUCGUUCCUUUCACACUGUUGAUCUUCUCAAGUGCAGAACUUUUCCACAGAGCCAAACCUCGUCGCUGCCUGCUGAUCUGAUGCGCAGAUACGUAUCCCUCCUCACUCAUAUUUAUUCAUGAGCACUGCAGUGGUAAUGCAGUUCAACACUGUCCUUCAGCCUCCACUGGUCCUCUGUACAGGCGUCUCACGUUAACACGCUUCAAUGUAGGCCCUGCUGCUUCACUACAUAUAUGCACACAUAUAAAGCAAUUUAUGAAAAAAAACAA